ACGGAGUAAACUUAAUGUGAAGAGUUCGGCAGAGGCGGGGAAUGAGGAGAGAGAGACCGAGAGACGGGCCAAAACAAGAGUUUGAUCGCUAUUUGCUGCUCUGUGACACCCGAGGAACCUGACACUAUGGUGAUUAAAGUUUACAUCGCGACAUCCUCCGGAUCGACAUCGAUCAAGAAACAGCAGCAGGAUGUCAUGGGCUUCUUGGCAGCCAAUAAGAUUGAGUUUGAGGAAUGUGACAUCGCAGCUGAUGAAGACAACAGGAAGUGGAUGCGAGAACACGUCCCCGAGGAUUUCCGACCGGCGACAGGGAACCCUUUACCUCCUCAGAUCUUCAACGAGGACAGAUACUGUGGGAACUACGAGGCGUUCUUCUGUGCCCGUGAGGACAAUGCUGUGUAUGCGUUUCUGGGCUUGACAGCGCCUCCAGGCUCAAAGGAAGCAGAAGCGCUGUCUAAGAAAACGCAGAUGUAAUCUAGAGAAGCGGCUCUAGCAGAGCUGUAGAACUCCUGCACUUUCUGAUGAUUGAGUUUCUUUUCUUGUUGGUUCUUUUUUUUUCUUUCUUUGCACCCAUUAAAUGAUGUGAUGAAUUAUUUGUCCACUCAAAAGUCCAUCUUAUUGAUUGAACUGUUCAAACUGAAAAGAAAGCAUGUCUGCAGUCGUCCAAAUAGACGAGCAAACUUGAUUUUAAUUAUAUUUAAUCAUUCCUCUAAUGUUUAAGCAUGCAGUUUUUGUUAUGUUUAUGCUUGAAUGUUCUUGAUUAUGUUUGCGGUUCAAGUUACAUUUAAUACGUGCGCAUAUAUUCAGGGUUUCUGGCGGUCUUAAAAACUCUUAAUUUUACCUUUCACAAAUUAAAGCCUUAAAAGGUUUUAAUUCGGAGCAGAAAGUCUUACAUUCAUAAAGGCAGGGUGUUAAAUGCUUCAUGC